UAAGCUUCGAGCAAAAGCGUUGAACGGAAGCUUCGAGAGAAACCGCGUGAUCGUGUUCCGCGCUCACUACAUGCAUGGCGCGCCGCGAUGUGUGCGUGUCCAGCCGAGUUCGCCCAUGCGAGGUCGACGGUACAGUAGCCAUUAUCGUUCCCGUCACGUGCACCGAACGGACAGCACGGCGUGCUGUAGUCGAUUUCGUUUAUCCGUCAGGGGAUUGCUAGAAAUAGAAGAUUCUGUGUCGCACUAGGUACGAUUCGGGAUCGGCUCCAGAAGCCCUUCCAGCUCAGCUUUUCCACCAGUAUGUGGGACCGUGACAAACCCGGUGCACUGCUGGUCAGAGUCAGUGCGUCGCUCGCGACUCGCACCAUCUUGCGACGCGGCGUCGUGAAGCAGUCGACGGCGGAAGCCCGGGGCGUAGUUUCUCGUCGCCGUCCGUGUAAGCGAAGGUGGCGGGGGGGAGGUGGGGGAGAGGGAGGGGGGGAACCAGGGGACGGAUCGUCCGCUGUCGUAGUAACGCUCGCCGGUAGCGAGUCGGUACUAACGCCAACAUUCGUGAUGAGUGUGGGAGUGUGACCCCCACGCGAUGGCGGUUGGCGGUUCACUAGAUUCGCAACCGCUGCACGUGACGCUGGCUUGGCGUCGCAAAAGGAUGGGAUGGCACGACAUGAUUGCCUCGACACGUCGCGGCGCCGCGAUCGUGCGAGCCACCCGAUGUUCGCGCGGCCAUGUCCGUCCGUCCGUCUCAGUCCGUCUGUCGGAAGAACCUUCUGGCUCUAUGACAGAGUGGUGCUGCUAGUGGAGGUAUUACCUCGUGGCUGGAUGGCAGUGACACUCCCCCACUCCCUACUACAUAUCCUUGCGAAGACAGGUCGAGCAUUCACUUUCGCUUCCAUCCACCCCCCCUUCAGCAUUACAACGCUCUUGCUCACCCGCUUUCUUGCAACAACUCGCGUUCUUCAAAGCCGGUUCCGCACGCCACCCACCCAUUGUCGCACCACCCACCACCAUCUUUCUCCUUACCGCCCCACCCGCCUUGAGUCCUUCAUUGCUAUCCUCUCCGUGCGAAACAUCCCAGCCAACAUCCGCCAACCAGCGCCCUCAACCUGCAACGACCUGUCUUGCUGCAAGGAAACACACGUCACACACUCACCUACUCGCAGACUCACACCCUCACUACCUUGACCGGUGGUCUCUUACUACGUACCCCCUACUACUUCCUCUUACACUACUUUUGAACACCACCUCUUCUGUGGGUGGGCGGCUGUAGCCUCCGGAACAACCUGGUGCUGCGCCACAAGGCCACGCGCAAGGUCCUCCAGCGUCGCAGCAACAAGGGGAGCGCAAGUGAGUGACUUGAGGAAGCUAUCCAUGGCUGACAGUGCUCACACGGCUACGACGAGCGCUCGCCCCGAAUCACUAGCUGCAGCGCUCUUUUCCAUGGAUGACCUUCCAUUCCCCCUCCCCGCCGAUCCUCCCGCCCCCUCCCUGCGCACCAUCGCUGCAUGCAACGCCCUGCCGACUUUACACCCCUCGUUACAUUCAUCUUCGCCUCUCCCUGAGAUCAACCCUGAGCGUGCAGCUCGUGCGGUCGUGGUAGCUGCAACGAACGGCGGAGCCAGCAAGCCCAAUCUCCCGCAACGGCGGUCAUCUUUUGAGUGGCAGCUCGCUCUGGAAAGGGAGUGCAGUCAGGCGCUGACUCCCGCAGAAGGAGCAUCCACGUGGGAUGGAUUAUGUGAGGCGCUUCAAGGGACUCCAACGUUAUGCUUCAAGGAGGCCAGCACCGAAGGGCGGAGUGCAUCCAGGGAGGCGAAGGACGAGCGAGACACAGCAUUAUGCUCGGGCCGUGGCGCUGUGGUGAGGCCAGCUGAAGGCACGGGCGGGGAGAUGCAGAUAAAGCGCAUGCUGGCAGCGCUGUCGCAGCUGGCAAGCUGCGUAACACAAAAGGCAACCUUUGAGACGUCUCAAGACAAGCUGCUUUCAAGGGGAAAGGCACCUCAGGAGCCAUACCACCUGGACAGCGUAUAUCAGCUUGGCACUGUAGUACCCGAUAAAAGUGAGCCUUGCAUUAUGGCAAAUGAGGCGAAUUUGCCUUCUAACGAGGACACGCCGUCUGCCUGUGAUCAGCUCGUGCAAGUGGCAGCAGCAGCAGCCAAGGCAGAAAAGGCGGUGCUGGCAAGCACAGUGGCAGCAAGAGCGCAGAUGGGCAGAGGGAACGAGGAGGAGAGGCAGCAACUCAUGGCUCUGCUGCAGGCCCUGAAGCACAUUGAAGAGCGGCAGGAGCAGCCCCAGCAGGCACAGCAGGGACAGCAGCGGCAGGCAUGGCAAGCACAGGUGCAGCAUGCGGAAGGCGAGGAGCACCAUUGCUCCUCGCACUGGGCUGUAGCAGAUGCCGAAGUGCAGCCAGAGCUCGUGAAGAACGAACUUGCCCUCAACUAUGCUCCGCACUACACCCCAGAUGGCGCUCUGCGCUCGGCUCACAGCGCGGGAGCCUGGGCCCGCAUGGGGAAAAGAGGUGGGGAGGGGAGCUGCAGUGGUGGGUGCGUUAAUGGUGGUGCAGAGAGGAGCGGCAGCCCUGAGUCUGCUGUGGGUAGCCGCGGCAUCAGCAGCAAUGUGAGCUGUGGGAUAAAGCCAUGGGAUGCAGAUGGCAUCAGCAGCAGCAUCCUCAGUGCCGGUGGCACCAGUGCUGCCACAGCGAGCGGUGCGGGGAGGAAGAGGAAGAGUCCAGAGUGGAACUCUGGCUGUGCUACAGCUGCGCACGAGUGGCAGCACCGCAGACAGGUUCCCCAUGGCUGCUACAGCCCCAGUGUGCUCGGCCCUACCGCUGCCCCACCUAUUCAGUCAAAGCCGGCCUCUGCCUUGUUUAUGCGGUCUUAUCCGGCCGCUGCCCCACCUAUGCAGUGUAUCCCAGCCACGGCAGGACGCGCGGUGGUGCCAGCUUCAGUGGCUGGUCUGACUGGUGCAUUUGAGGCCAUGUGCUCCAAGGAUGUGGAUUCCUGGCCUUGUGACACGGACCUGGGCUUUGAGGUUGAGGCCAUGCGGAGUGCUCAGCUGCAGCCUGAGUGCGCAGAGGAGGAUCCUUGUGCAAGUGCCAGGGAGGACUGGUGCGGGGUGGCAGACGAGUGGCAGAUGAGGGACGAGUGCGGACUGAAAAACGAGAGCGAGACAAAAGGCGAGUGCGAGAAUGACGAGGAAUGGAUGCCGAGGUGCCAGGGUGCGAGGAGUGGUUCGGGUGUGCGGAGCCUGAGGAUAAAGAGCCGGAGCAUGGCGGAGCGGCGGAGGAGGGAGAGGAUCAGCGAGGGGCUGAAGAGGCUGAGGGUGAAGGUCAGGGGGCGGGGCGACACGUGUGCCAUGCUGGACAGAGCCGUGCGCUAUGUGGAUGUGCUGGAGCGCCGCGUGGGGCAGCUCGAGAGCUAUGUGCUCGCUGCUAGGAGUGACAGUGCCACUGCUGCUGCUGGGAACCGCAUGGGACGGUUUUUUUCAGCCACUGGGCCUCAGUUGCCCAGUCGCUUUUUUGCAAUAGCAGCUGCUGGCAGGCAUACAGUUGGGGCUGCUGGUGGUGGUGGCGUUACUGCUGCGAAUGACGAGUCGAAUGCUGUUGUAGGUUUGGCUGGGAAUAACAUGGGAUGGUUAGGGCAGUGUGGUAAGGCUGCAAUGCCUACUUCCUUUCCCUUCGGAUUCUGAUCCUGUAUUGGUAAUGUUCCCUUGCAGCACUGCAUAGUGUACUCUUGCUGCAUAGGUGAGUAAGCGUUUCAGUGUAGGUUAAUUAUGA